AGAACUUGCAAAAUGACCGACCAGCGGGUUGCCCUCCACGUGUACGACCUGUCCCGCGGCCUCGCGCGGCAGAUGUCGGCGUCGCUCCUGGGCACGCACAUCGACGGCGUGUGGCACACGGGCGUGUGCGUCUAUGGCCUCGAGUACUUUUACGGCGGCGGUAUCCAAGCGGUCCCGCCGGCGCAGGUCGCCGAGACGUAUGGCACACCGUACCAAGUCGUCGAGCUGGGCACGACGCAGGUGGCCCAAGCCGAUUUUACGUCGUUUCUCCAAGAGAUCCAGUCGCGCUUCACGGCGGCGACGUACAACUUGCUCUCGAACAACUGCAACAACUUUUCCAACGAAGUCGCCAACUUUCUCGUCGGCGCCAGCAUCCCGCAGCACAUCUUGGACCUGCCGCAGCAAGUGCUCUCAACGCCCAUGGGUGCCAUGUUUCGGCCCAUGUUUGAAGACAUGCAAGGACGCAUGGCCGAGAGCAUCCAGUCGCACCACAAUCCGUCGCCCCUCUCGGCUCCAAGUGCGCAGCCCGCAGCGACCAAGACCUUGGCGAGCUAUGCGCAGACGUUCAUCUCGUGUCUACCCGAGCUUCACGUCGAGCGCAUCGUGGGCCGUCUCGACACUCUCAAGGCGCUCUCGCCAGACGAGACGAGCGCCCUCGAGCGCCUUGUGCACUUUGCAACGUCCAAAGACACGACGCAGCUCCUAUCAAGCGAUCGCGCCGUCUGGUGGUCGCUUGUGGCAUGUGCGUUUGCUGCUGGGACGCCCGCUGCGACCUUCACGGCGCUGUGCCUCCUUCGCAUCGUGCUGCUGGCCGAUAUUCGGUCGCCUAGCGUCCUUGUAGACGCGACGCUGAUUGCGCCCAUUAUCGACCAGCUGCUCCAGCAGACGCAGACAACGCCUGACUCUGCGCAUCGCCUCGUGCUGCUUUCGGUCCUCCUCAAUGGACUCGAGGCUCCCGCGAGCAAGGCGCAGUUUGCAGAGCACCUUGGAUCGUGGCUGGCAUUCGUCUGGGGCACGUGGCAAGGCCCCGCGACGGUCCUCAGCCAGGCCGAAAUGGCCGCCUGCUUUGUCCUCAACGUGUGUCGGGACAGUCGCCCGUCGCAGGCAGACUACGACAUGAUUCAGUUUGCGCUCGUUGGUGGCUGCGCCGAGGUCCUCGACAUGUAUGCGAGCCAGGGCACGCUCGAGGCGUCUGCGACGAUCGUCGAGCGCAUUGUCGUCGGCCUUGGGCUGCUCCUGCAAAAGGACGUCGGAGCGCGGAGCCUCGCGGCCGAAGUCGGCCUCGUGCACGUCCUCACGCGUCUCCGGCCAAAGACGGCGGCGCUUCCGUUCCACAGCGUUGUCGGCGAAGUGCUGGCUCUGAUUUAAGCUCCUGAAUGGCAUCUCUCUGCCUUGUACAUGGAUGUGUGGACCGCAAAUAAAUAGGUCGAUGUGUGG